CCAGUAUUUAAUGCCAGCCGAUUCAUAUGAGAUUCACGGACGCAAACAAGCGACUAUCGGAUGAAUUAACGACAUGUUCCAUGACAGCUCUCAAAAAAAAUAUUGGACGUUUAACAGCGAAGACGAGGUGGAACAGCUGAGAUGUGAAGCCAACCAGAAGUACAGGAAGAAGCACAUGAAAAGUGAGUCUAUGUUACUGGACCGUCAUGAAGAAGAUGUUCUCUUCAGACACUAUGAGAGGAGGCUGCUGGACUUUUGCAGUGUGUUCAAACCCGCAAUGCCCAAAUCUGUUAUUGGUACAGCCAUCAUGUACUUCAGAAGAUUCUACAUGAACAACUCUCUUAUGGAGUACCACCCAAGGAUUAUCAUGCUGACAUGUGCAUACCUGGCCUGCAAGGUGGACGAGUUUAACGUCUCCAGCGGGCAGUUUGUGGGCAACCUUGUGCACCAGAGUCCGGCGGAACAGGAACGGGAUGCAGAGCAGAUCCUGGAGUACGAGCUGCUGCUUGUUCAGCAACUCAACUUCCACUUGGUGGUACACAACCCCUACAGACCGCUGGAGGGGCUGCUUAUUGACCUCAAGACCCGAUAUCCAACACUGGAGAACCCAGAGUCAUUGAGGAAGAAUGCCGAUGACUUUCUGGCAUAUGCGGCCAUGACGGAUGCGGGGCUGCUUUUUUCCCCUUCACAGAUCGCGCUAACUGCUAUUCUGAGCAGCACCUCAAGAGCUGGCCUCAACGUAGAGAGCUACCUGACUGAAUGCUUGGGACUGAAGAGGGACCAAGAAACCCUGUCCAAGAUGUUCGACUCCAUGAGACGGAUUAAAAGUCUUCUGAAGAGAUACGAACUCCCAAAACCUGAGGAGGUGAAUGCCUUCAAGCAGAAGCUAGCGAGGAUCCACGUCGAUUUUGGUUCAAGUUCAAACAACAAACGCAAGCGGGGAUAUGAAGAGGAAGGCCACGUGGCAAAAGAGCCGCGAAUAAAAGAGGAGGCAUGAUCUUCUCCAUGGAGUAGCGUGCGCGUACGCGUAGGGAGCCCGGCUCGAUGCCCUUCAGAGGGACGUGGGAGCUGAGAGGGAACCACUCGUCAAUCAUCUGGCCCUUCUGCAGACGGCUCAGCUGGCAACGCAUGAAUACUGCAAGAGAAGAAGCAAGACAGGGAAUGUUGGAAAUAAAAAGCACCUCCUAUUGGCAAGGCUACAUUUGGUAUUAAAACACAGCCCCACGUACAGAUGUCACUUUCUUUGCUCUUUUUUGUUUUGUUGCUCAGGCUGAUCUCAAAUCUGUUGAUUUCACUCGAGAGGUCACUAAAAAAAACAGACAAGCACGGUUUUAAUUUAGUAAACAAAAGGAGGGCGAAAAUCCAAUGUGAAACAUGAAGGAGUUCUUACUCAAAAAUGAAUUCCUCAGUGAAGACAGGGUUCGGCCCCUCCCUCGGGUGUGUUUUGGCCACCUGGACAUUGUUCAGGUAGAUGUUACAGUAAGGGUUGGUGAAAUACUUCACAGGCAGCUUAUGGGCCUCCUCCACGUAGAGAACCAGGCUGCUCACCUGAGAUAGAAGGGAGCAGAUUGGGCUUAAAAACAUGAAUCAGUUGCAAAGAUAGCCCUGUUUUCUUUCCAACUAAAAAUAACCUACGUCUGAUGACCUCAUUGGUACAAAUGAUGACGGUUGUAUU